UCGAUUGGUAUUUGUCAACAGAUUAUCCUUCGGUAGAAUCAUGGAGAUAGACGAGAUGGAGAGCAUAAAUAUUGGCGAAACGCCUCACAGUACAAUAAACGCAAGCAAUCGUAGUUCUCACGACAGUGUGGAUAGUGGUUACUUCGCCCUUACUCCUCAUUCUGGCGCGUACACGCCGGUAAUCUCGGGAUGCAGGUCCAGGCUGUCUUGCAUAUCGUCGAAAAGGCAUCACCGUGUCAGGUUGGAUCCUCUUCAGUCGGAACGAGCCCACCGGCAUCGAUCGAAAUUAAAUCAUAUGUUAAAUGCAUCCGAAUCCGAUUACUUCGUAUCGGAGAGUUCGGAACUCGAAAGUUUGCUCGAAGACAAGUCGAGUUUCGGCGGCAAUCAUAAGAGUCUGUCCCUCGAGCAUUCGAGCGGCGAAUUAAUUAAUCAGAGCACGGAAUGCCGAGAAUGUAAUGCCGGUUAUCGGGGUAGAACACGUCGAAGUUUGAGGACGACGGUCCCCAUUACGCCAGCUUCGACGAAGUUGCAACUUCUUUCGCCACCACCAUCGCCGGCGGUGCCUUCUUCUUCGUUUGUCGCCUCCGAACCUAUCGAAGAGGAUGUAGAAAUGAAGCUAGUCAUCGUGCCACAGAGCACACCCGAGGUAACCAAUUCACUUAAACGCAAACCGCCGUUCCAACCGCCUCCACGUAUCGUUAUUUCACCAGCCUAUAGAAAAGCUAGUCCUGCAAUCAGUUCAGCAGAUAACCGGAAAUUAAGCCAGCUCUCUAUCACGGAUCUUGCUGCCAUUGCAGAGAUCAAGCCAAAGAGGCUGGACUUCAGUCAAAAUGCCUUUCCUUUAGCGUGCCAUCGUACCAGAGCUAAUCCAGACUACACGGGCAAAGAAACCGUGGACAUGUUAGCCCUAUUCGGCGACAAGAGCAACAACUGGUGUAUAGUUUCCAAAAUCCUAUCCUACCUCGGACCUCAGGAUCUGUGUUCUGUCAGUAUGGUGUCCAAAACGUGGAGGAGGAUCUGCUUGAACGACUUCAGGGCCAAUACUAGAAGACUGACCCACGUAAUACUCAGACAGAAUGCUAAAGAAAACUUGAAACUAAUCAAAAAGUCAAAGAUAGAAGGAGAUAUCCAGUCCAGUCCUAAGAGUAGAUAUGCCAGAAAGGGCUACUUAUUGCAAGUUCAGAACCUUCUCCAAGAACCAAGAAAGCAACGGCCACCGAGCAGCCCGCCUGUUUCCCCCAGUAAAGUAAAAUUCCACUCCUUCGUUAAGGCUAGUCGUACACUCGCACCCUGGGAACAUUUGUUGUCCUGUCCGAACUGUUCUUUCCCAUGUCACGUGGACGGCGAGAAGAACGUGGGAACGUGUUCGAGACAAGGUUGCUUGAUGGAAUUUUGCACCUCGUGUUCCUCGAGGCCGCACACCGGUCCUUGCAAAACACCCCUGUUAGCCACGCCGACCAAGAGGAACAAACGCCUAAUCGUUGGCUCGAGACAGAGCAAACGGAACCUCAGGAGAUUAUAA